CAUCAUAGACGACAAGUCAUCCUCGGCAACCUGUUCCCAAAUAACGGGACUCGUUCCGCUCUCAUGCGGGGAUUCAAAUACCUAAAUAGAAUCACAUCUACAUUAGCCUACUACUACUACCACAACUCUCCCAUUCUCAUAGUAUUAUACUACUAGCACAUCCAUCAACCCGUCAUAAUUGCUAUCAUCAUGGCCCUCCUCACCACUACAAUCGCAUACCUCUCCCAGCACAUCCCCUCCAUCCUACUAACAAUCCUCAUCAUCCACCUCACCCGCAACUACUUCACGCCCGGGGUAUCGCGCAUCCCAGGCCCAUUCCUCGCCAAACUCACCAAUCUGUGGCGGUUUGUAGAUGUCGCGCGAGGCAAAGCGGAGAUCACACAUUAUCGGCUGCACCAGGAACAUGGCGAGUAUGUGCGGUUGGGACCGAAGGUCGUUAGUGUGUGGAAUGUGGAGGCGUUGAAGGUGAUUUAUGGGGUUAAUAGGGGGUAUAAGAAGACUGCAUUCUAUCGCGUCCAGCAACAACUUGCAAAGGGAAAGCCGACUAGAACGCUGUUUACAUCCCUUGACGAGGACUUUCAUGCUAGGAUUAAACGACCCGUGUCGGCGGCUUAUUCAAUGAGCACGGUUGCCGAAUUCGAGCCGUUUGUGGAUAGUACGAUACGGACGUUUUUUGCGCGGUUGGAUGGGUUUGCGGCGAAGAGGAGUGUGUUUGAUAUUUCGACGUGGUUGCAGUAUUAUGCGUUUGAUGUCAUUGGUGAGAUGACGUUCAGCAAACGACUUGGGUUCUUACAGCAGGGUCGUGAUGUUAAAGGUAUCAUCAUGUCGUUGGAGAAGAUGUUCGAUUAUGCGGGAAAGAUUGGUCAAAUACCCUGGCUUGAUUAUGUCUUUCUCAAGAACCCUCUCUGGCAGCUAAUUCGGGGCGGGUCAACAGGAGCUGUUGCUCGUUUCGCCCGCGACCGCUUGCAUGAACGGCUGUCUCAGGAUGGCAGUAAGCGAGAUGAUUUCCCUGGACGUCAGAAAGACUUCUUGACCCGUUUCUUGGAAGCGAAAUCUAUUCACCCUGACGUGGUCGACGACACCCAGGUAUUUUCCUACACAGUCAGCAAUGUGAAUGCAGGCUCUGAUACCACUGCUAUCUCUCUCCGAGCGAUCCUGUACUAUACGUUGAAGAACCCCAGGGUAUUGGGCAAGCUGCAGGAGGAAUUGCACAGCGCCCUCCAAGCUGGAAAAAUUACCGUACCUGUAUCAUGGAAAAAAAGCCAGGAACUCCCAUAUCUCGACGCCGUCAUCAAGGAGGCUCUUCGUCUGCAUCCACCCGUAGGACUCCUCUUGGAGAGGGUAGUCCCCGCAGAAGGCCUCCCAUUGCCAAACGGCCCCUUCCUCCCCGCUGGGACUGUUGUUGGAGUCAACCCGUGGAUAAUCCAUCGCCACGCUAUUUUUGGCAAAGAGGUUGACAGGUUCGUCCCUGAGCGUUGGCUGCGGGGUAACGAUGAAUCAGAAGCGAAGUUUCAGAUACGAAGGCAGAAUAUGCUAGGGGCAACGCUGACGUUUGGGGCCGGCCCCCGAACCUGCAUUGGGAAGAACAUCAGUCUGUUGGAGAUAUAUAAGCUGAUACCAUCGUUGCUCUUGGCAUACAAGGUUGAAUUGAAUGAUCCGGAAGCUGAGUGGGAGGUGGUCAAUGCAUGGUUCGUACGACAGAAAGGGAUGAACGUGAAAGUGACGCGAGUGGCAUAGUGCACAGUUAACUGUCAGAUGGAAGGGUGAAGUGAGAUGGCUUUUCGUCGGGAAUAGAUCCUGCGCUGGAUCCUGCAUGCAAGGCGCUCUUAGGAAGUCCGACGGUCAAGCCCACUGGUAAUCUUAAUAGAUGGGGAACUUGGCAUCAUCCCUUUUGGUCGCCACAAAGCGGCACGGUCAAGAGCAGAAGAGACCAAGCAAGAGCAAUUCAAUGUACUGCCCUCUGGGGCCCCGACUAUCUACUAUAUUUUCUGUGCGAGAACACGUUCGUCAUCGCCAUGACGCGCAGGAGACCCACCAGUUGGC